GUGUGCUUACCAAAUAAGGCUCAGAUCACAUGAUCUAUAUCAGAUGAGUUUUCAGUCAAGAUGUCGUAUUCUUUGGAACCGAGUCGUCAUGCGCGUAAUCUAUCACAAGGCCAAUUUUAUACUAAAAUAUCAAGGUGUCGAGUGGAAAAGGAGAUAGUAAGGAAAACCUACGAUUUAGUUAAGCCAGCUCCAGACAAAUACAACUGUAUGAUAUGCUCUGGCCUACUACUACAACCAGUACUGAUGUCAUGCUGUGGUCAACACUUCUGUGAGAGCUGUCUGAAGAAAUGGUAUGCAGAGCAAGGAAACAAGUGUCCUCAUUGUCGAAACACAGGUGUGACCUACUUACUGAACAAAGAACGUGUUCGAGAUAUUAAUGAGCUUCUAGUGUACUGCUCCAACAAGAGCAAAGGCUGUAUAUGGGAGGAUGAGUUGGGAAGCUUGGACGGCCAUGUGGAGUCAAAUUGUGGAUUUGUUGAGAUCGAUUGCCCUAAGGGUUGCAAAAUAAAGUUACUGCGAGACAAAAUGAGCGAUCAUAUACGAGAUAGCUGCUUGUGUCGAGACUACAGCUGUGAGCACUGCCAGAAGAAGGGUACCUAUCACACCAUAACGGGAGAAUGUGGAGAGUUUGGACCGUGUUGGAAGCAUGGGAAAGGCCACUAUAGUACGUGUCAGCAAUAUCCAGUGCAGUGCCCUAACGAGUGCUCCAAAACUAUCAAGAGAGGAGAGGUUUCCAUCCAUCGAGAGAGUUGUCCCCUUGAGCACGUCGAAUGUUCAUUCUUGGAGGUUGGGUGUCAGGAGCAGCUGGUGAGGAGGGACCUUGACAACCACAUGGCAACCAGCGAUCAUCAACACCUGCUACUCAUGAUGAAGGCUUUUAAAGAACUGAAACAAGAGACUAAACAACUUAGAGACGAAGUGAAAUCUCAGAGGAGAAAGAUCCCUGAUAGUGAUUACCCUGAGUACUCUAAGCAAGUGGACUAUUCAUGUCUUCUUUCGGGAGAUAUUAUUCGGUGCUGUUUUUAUAAACAAUCUUCAACAAACAAAGUUCCUAUAUAGUUCCUAGUUGUAUGAUGAUUAGAAAUACACCUAUGUAUACAUGACUGUAAUUAUAGUACACACUUUUUGAUCCAAAUUAACGCUUACUCAUAA